GCCAUCGCGCAGCACGAGUCAAUCGGAGGAUUCUCGGUUAGUCUCUGUAUAAGCACGUCUCAAGUUUCACUUCUGAUCGAUCUCCACGCGAAUCCGCGAACACCGUUAGCAGCAUAAAUUUGCCGACUCAAUUCGUUGGCGACGGAAUCAACGGAACGAUCAAGAGCGACGACAGGAAGCACCAGAAGGCCGGCUCUACAAUUGACGGCUCUCUCUCUCACUCUCCACCGCGCUCUAUCUCUCUCGCUCGAGGCAUCUCGCUCGCAGCUCGUCGACUCUUCGUCGGACACUCAUCGCGAGACACGUAUAAUCGGUCACCUCCCCAAGAGGAGGGCGAUCCAUCCAUCUGUCUCGAAUCUCGGCUCUACCGAGCAGCGGAUUUUCACGCUAGAAAGCGGCCGUCCAGCAGGGCGAUACCAUUUUAUAUGACUUUACUUCGACGACGAGAAACAUCCAGGAUAUCAUCCAGAGGGAAAGGAUCGGCGUGUAGCAAAGGCGGCGGCGACAGCAGGACACUAUCAUCCGACCAGCGAUCAUCAAACGGCAACACCAUCACCACCCACGAUCGUUUGUUUUUGCGCGAGUUAACCAGCGAGUUAACAUCAAUAUCAUUACCGACCUGGUACCACCGAUUACCGGGCUUUCUUAGGGCGACGAGCGACGGACACGCAGCGUGUAUGAUCAUUGAAGACUAUCCCCCUACCCCACCCGCCACCGCCAAACCGAGGCAACACUCAAGGCAUCAAGAUACCACCCAACGAUUCCUAAACCUCCAUCUGGUCCUGCCCAAACACAGGACCUCAAAAUUUUCCAGUAAUAGGCAUCGAAAGCUACAGCCAUUCAGAGAAACGUGACUGGCGUCAGCGGGUAGCGGCGCGGCACGCCUUACCGCUAACAAGGAUUACAACCCUGAAAACAGGCAGAACCACCCUGACUCGACACGCUGCUGUUACGAGCGACC